AUGGCGACCUUCCACAGCCUGCCGCCAGAACUUCUACUUCCAAUACUCACUCCGUUACCUGAGAGUAGCCUCGUACUCUGUGCAUCUGUGAAUCGUAAUUGGAAUGCGUUCGCGACUCCGCUUUUGUAUAGACGCGUCGCCGUCUACAGCUGGCAUUGUAAUGCAAAGACCCGGGCUGCAUCACUUAUGCGAACUCUUGCCGAGCGAUCAGAAGUUGCUAGAUGGGUGAAGCAUAUUGAUGUACGGGACUUCUAUCGGGACUUCGAGUUCCCUUUAGGGCAAGGGGAGGACCGAGAUACGGUAUUUGAACACUGCGAGCGGGGACUUGCGAACUGUGUGAACCUCGAGUCUUGUAUUUGGCCCCGUUACGGUACCUUAACGACCCAAAUGCUCGUCGCCCUCGCGAGCUUGCCCCGACUUCAGAGGCUUGACAUCAACGCAUAUUCAGGCAGUUACGAACCUGCGGAUCUGAUUCGUGUGCGGCAGAUUCGAGCACUCGAGCUCGCGAUGCCGAGCAAAGCUGUCGUCGCCGUACUACGACGAUGGCUUUCUGCGAUAUGUGUUGAUGGUACAGACGAGGAACGAGGAACAGAGAUUGGUCUGCGAGAGCUUAAGAUCAUAUGCCAUUCUUUUCAUCUUUGCGACUGUCCGAACGCAGAUCAUAUCGUUGUUUAUACUAUAUUACGGGGAUGCUCUUUGAGGCUUGAGGAUCUCGGUCUGGAGAGCAUGAGCCCUGAUUUCGACCUGAAGGAGCUGGCAACGGGACUCAAACUGCCGAGGCUCAAGUCACUUACGCUCAUGCUACCUGCGCCGCGUUCACCACCCCAAGUAUUCCUCGAUGCGAUACUGAAGUUGACCGCCGAGUCCUCGCUGACAUCAUUCGCUGUCUCUCUAGACAUCAGGUUUUCAUUGGCACCACCCGCAAGGAACUGCAAGUUCGGCCCAUUAUUCGUCCGCAGCCUUGCGACUCAACAUGCACAGACACUUAAGGAGGUAUUGAUCUCAUGGAUAUCAACCCCGUUGGAAGCUGUGGAGGCCCUUGCAGCUCUUUGUCCGAAACCUGAGGUACUCGUUGUACUCGGACUCGAAUUCGAUCGGCUGCGUCUGAGAGAAGCGAUAUCCGCAACAUCACUUCCAUUCCUGCGCACCCUACACUUGGGCGAUAUGGAUUACUCAUUCGCGUUGCGCCAGCCCGACCCACUUUCGGGACUUACGGAGCUAGCGAAAACCUGUUCCUCCACACUAAGACAAGUCGGCCAAGUGGCCAAGGUUUAUGAGCUAUACGCCAGUGCUCAGCACCUUAAUAUAUACUAAUUGGGUAGUAGGUGGUGCGCAGAUGGGACCGGGAGACCGCGGCGACGCAGGUAAUUCUAGAAGAGUGGACUGGACCGAGCCUACCUGAAGCAUUCCACGUGAUCUCUGUUUGAGAGAAGCUAGUGGAACUGGGGCGGGAAGGAGGUGCCCCAUCACAAGU